AGGUGGUCCAAUCCUGGAGGUGAUCGUCUCUCGGAUGAGAUAUAUUUCAAGCCAGAUUGAUAAUAAGAUCCGUAUCGUUGCUUUGUCAACCUCCCUAGCUAAUGCCAAGGAUUUGGGAGAAUGGAUUGGGGCUACGUCUCAUGGGCUCUUCAACUUUCCUCCUGGUGUCAGGCCUGUGCCACUAGAGAUACACAUUCAGGGUGUUGAUAUUGCUAACUUUGAAGCUAGGAUGCAAGCCAUGGCAAAACCCACCUAUACUGCAAUAGUCCAACAUGCAAGGAAGGGAAAACCUGCAAUUGUGUAUGUUCCCACGAGGAAGCAUGCACGCUUGACUGCUGUAGAUCUGAUGACUUAUUCAAGCAUGGACAGUGAAGACACACCAAUUUUCCUGCUACGAUCUGCAGAAGAGCUGGAGCCUUUCGCGGAGAGGAUCAAUGAACCUAUGCUGAAAGAGACGNCU